GACAAUAAAACAGACUUUGACUUUGAACGGCUGGGGACGAGUCGUGACACGACACACGGCAGCAGACGACUCCGCAAGGACGAGCAGGUUUUCAUGGGUGUGUCAUGGGGAAGAGUUCGAUAAGCACCCCGCCCUCCUUUUUUUAAUAAGUUAGAAAGUUGAUUAAAAAGUACCUAGUUGAAAUGCAGUAUUUGUUUUCAUUGUCAUUCGAGCAUGGCAGUGCAUGUGGGUGGACUUGUGGCUGUGAUAGCCUUUUAUGCCGUUAUUCUGCUAACUGGCAUCUUGGCCUCACGCAAAUCCAAGAAAGUGGAGAAGAAAUGCACGGGCAAAAAGAGCGAAGUCGCCAUCGUUGGGGGUCGCAACAUCAACGUCGUGAUUGGAGUUUUUACAAUGACAGCGACAUGGGUCGGAGGAGGUUACAUUAUGGGAACCGCCGAGGCUGUUUACUCCCCGGCUCAAGGUCUCGUCUGGGCUUUUGGCCCUCUUGCAUAUGUUUUGAAUUUUCUUCUAGGAGGAUUGUUUUUUGCCAAACAAAUGAGGUCCAAACGCUACGUGACUAUGUUGGACCCAUUUCAGAACCGCUACGGCCAAUUGUUCACGACGGCAAUUUUGAUUCCUGCUUUGCUCAGUGAUAUUUUGUGGGUGGCCUGCAUCCUUGCCGCUCUGGGGGCAACCAUGAGCAUCAUCCUGGACCUCUCAUCGACAAUCUCCAUUCUCAUCUCUGCGGCCAUCUCCAUCUUUUAUACAUUUUUAGGAGGCCUCUACGCGGUUGCAUACACUGAUAUCGUCCAAUUGUCGUUCAUGUUUGUCAGCUUGUGGCUCUGUAUUCCGUUCAUGAUCCUCAGUCCUGUGGUGACUGACUUGGUACAAACGGCCCAACUCAACCAUUCAAGCGUCCACUCGUGGAUCGGGGAGGUGAAGUUUGAGGAUGCAGGGAAAUGGACAGAUGACUUUCUCAUUUUGACUUUGGGUGGACUGGCCUACCAGUCCUUGCACCAGAGGAUCCUGGCAGCGGCUUCCUCAUCCAAGGCUCAGGUUACUUGUUUUGCGGCCGCUGGCGCUGUUUUCUUGAUGGGAAUCCCGUCGGUGAUCAUCGGAGCUGUGGCAGCAUCCGCAGACUGGAACCAGACAGAAUACGGCCUACCGCCACCUUAUGAUCGCGGGCAGGCAGGGAAUGUCCUGCCAUUGGCUCUGUGCUACAUCACACCCAACUGGGUGUCCAUUUUGGGCAUUGGUGCCGUAGCAGCGGCGGUGAUGUCCUCCAUGGACUCAACAUUGCUGUCGUCGGCGUCCAUGUUCACCCAAAACAUAUACAAGACGUCUUUGAGAAAGCAGGCAUCGGAUAGGGAGCUAAAGUGGGUGAUCCAGAUAAGUGUGCUCCUGGUGGGCCUUGCUGGAACGGGUCUGGCCUUCAACAAGAGCAGCAUCCUUGCGCUCUGGGUGCUGGCUACCGACCUGCUCUACUGCAUCGUGACCCCUCAGUUGUUUUGUGUGGUGCACCUCCGAGUGGCCAAUUGCUACGGCGCCAUCAGCGGCUACGUGAUAGCUCUGCUGCUGCGCGGGCUGAGCGGCGAGCCCGCGCUCGGCAUCCCGCCUGUGCUGCUCUUCCCGGGUUGGAGGGAACGGGAUGGCGUCAUCACGCAGUACUUUCCCUUCCGGACUCUGAUCGCGUUCACUUCCCUGGCGGCUGUCGUUCUCAUAUCCUGGCUGGUCGAGCUGGUCUUCGCUCGCCAGCUCAUUCCUCAGUCCUGGGAUGUGUUGGAUGCGUUCAACAAGCAAAGGGUCGUAAAAGAAGAGUAUGAAAGACCACUACAAACGUUGAAUGACGAAAAGAAUUAUGUUUUUAACACGGCGUUAUAGGCACACACUAUAUGCCAAAGCUUAAUUUAUGCAUACUAGUGCACACGUUCGUACAUAUUUUCUACGCUUUAGUUUCUUCUACAAACUAUCGAAUAUUGUCGUCUACGCGAGCCCACAGUUUUGAUCUGCGUAUGCGUGCUGAACCAAAAGAGGCACAUUUUCAAGUUAAUGUUUCAAUGUUAGCAUUCCGAUGUGAAUGCCGGAAGCCGUAUUUUAUCCAAAAGCUUUUUUCCUUGACACCCAUUCCUACAAACUAUCCAGGUGAGGGCAUUGUAUUUCUAAUCCUUGACCUAGUUAAAUGCUAUUGGACCUUUUUGCACUCAGAACUGCCAUUGUUCUCCCCAGACGGUUAUUUCCUACUGGCCUUUUGUACGUUUUCAGUGUUUAAAUGCUAGCCUAUUCAUUAAUAAUUGUACCGUCGCAGAAUAAAAUAGUCACACAUUGUUGGAUGCAUUGCUCUUGCGUUCUGUUGUUGAGAUAUUAUUGAAACGGUAAUGACAAGGUUGGCGCAGCAGAGGGCGAUACAAGAACAUUGCAAAUAUUUGAAUAGUUAAGGUCACUUCCUUUGUUAUUGUUGUUCUGUAUGCUGAAGACAUUUGGGUUCGUCUUCAGAUGUUCUGUUUGUAAAUGCUUUGGGUGGUUGCCUUGUGUAUGAAAUGUGUUAUCAAGAAAUGCCAUGCCUUUUGGAAAUUUUACUUGAUAAAAUACAUCAUAAUUA